AUGAAGAUUGAAAGUCCGACUACGGCACGCUUAAGACAUCGCAAGGAUUGGCCUUCAUGGCUGAUACAGCUAAAAUUCCAGGCCCAUCAACAUGACAUCUGGGAAUACAUCGACCCCUCGGCACCACCCAACGCCUCGGAUCCCGCACAGCGGAUCUUCCACAUCCCAAAGAUUGAUGAGCUGAUUUCGUGGCGACAGGUUCAACUCAAAGAGCAGUAUUCCCGAGAGUUACGAGCGGCCUAUUCGGCAAGGGCGGGCGGGUCUCCUCAGCAGCCCCUGCCGCCUGCGCCAGCGGUAGUCACCCUCGACGACAUUCGUGAGGAGUUUAAAACACGUCUUGCAGAGUACUAUGAAGCUGUCGUCGAGCGCGACGAUAUCAGAAAGGAGUACCGAACCGUGUGGAACUGGGUCCAUGCAACAGUUGACGCGAGCGUGCUGUCCGCCGCGCGGGCGACUGCUGCUGCGGAGGAUGACUGUAGCUUGCGAGGUGUUGUGCGGGCCCUGCAAGGCCGAUUUGGUCCCGCGAGAGAUAGGGAAGGAAGCUUUGUAUGGCGAUUAUUCCUGGGUCGCCUUUUGGUACGGAGGACUCUCAAGAGGGUGAAGGCGCUUGCGAAGGAUCCAGCUCGCCGGGUUCAACCGCAGACAUACACGGUACCGAGUUUCUUGAAGCUUCCGAAUGAGAUGCUGUAUCACAUCAUCAGCUUUCUUGAACUGCACGACCAGUUCAUUUUGCGUCAAACCUGCAAAGACAUGCAAAUUCUCCUCCAGAAAGACUGGAGGCUGCUGUUCGCUCGCCUUGCCGUCAGUCAAAAACUAGACUUUUUGGCUGGUCUGGCAUUCACCUCACCCAACCACUGGGUCUGCGGAGGCUGCCACCUGCUCCAUCGCAUUGAUACGAACGACGUACCUUGGCAUCUGCUGCGUACUUGCCCAUAUGACACAAACAGAGCAUGUUUCUUAUCCCGUUUCGACAUUCGAGAGAGCCAUGUUCAACUCGCACUCAAGCUCAUGCGACCCGAAACAGCCGCCAACCAGGAGUAUUUGAAGAAGAUCAUGUCACCGUUUACCUUCGAGGCCUUGGAGUUUGGCAAGUUUCAGAGAGAAUCUGUCGGCACAUCGGUGGAUCUGAAUCUUGGGGUGGUCCCCCAAAGGAACUUGGCAACGCCGUCAGACUGGCAGUCAAUCAGCCAGGAAUCGAAGUGA